AUGCUGGAUUUACUUGGAUAUAAAAGUUUGGAUCAGUUGACGAACGAUGCUGUGCCCAAGAAAAUUCAAUUGCAGGGUCUCAUGAAUAUCGACGAUCCCAUGAGUGAAUAUGACCUUAUUGUACGAAUACGUAAAAUUGCGGAAAAGAAUCAAAUAUGGCGAUCAUACAUUGGCAUGGGAUACCAUAACUGUUGUGUACCGCACACAAUAAUGCGAAAUCUCUUUGAAAAUCCUGGCUGGACUACGCAAUAUACGCCUUAUCAACCUGAGGUGGCUCAAGGGAGGUUGGAAGGCCUUCUCAAUUAUCAAACAAUGGUCAGUGACCUCACCGGCCUGGACGUCGCAAAUGCAUCAUUGUUAGAUGAGGGCACGGCUGCUGCGGAGGCACUAUCGCUUUGCCACAGGCACAACAAAAGGACAAAGUUUGUCGUAUCGGAGCGCUUGCAUCCGCAGACGCUAGCGGUGGUGCAAACCCGUUUGGACGCUUUGGGCCUCGAGGUGAAAGUGGUGCCGGACGUACGCCGCGCUGAUUUCGCCCAAAGGGAUAUCUCUGCUGUCCUGUUACAAUGCCCCGACACUAGGGGAUUGGUUUAUGACUACUCGGCAUUAGCAGCUGCGGCGCACGAACACGGUACUCUAGUGGUGGUGGCGACGGACCUCCUAGCCAUGGCUUUGCUUCGGCCUCCAGCGGAGUGUGGUGCUAACCUCGCGGUCGGUACGUCACAGCGACUGGGGGUUCCCCUUGGCUACGGGGGCCCUCACGCUGGUUUCUUCGCGGCCGAACACGCCUUGGUGCGUUUGAUGCCUGGCCGAAUGGUGGGCGUGACGAGAGAUGCUUCUGGAAGAGAUGCGUAUAGGUUAGCUUUGCAGACCAGGGAGCAGCAUAUCCGUCGUGACAAAGCGACGUCUAAUAUUUGUACUGCUCAGGCUCUUUUGGCUAAUAUGUCCGCGAUGUUCGCCGUUUAUCACGGACCGCAGGGUCUACGAGACAUCGCAACACGAGUCCAUAAUGCUACCCUUGUCCUGGAUCACGGUAUAAAAGAACGUGGACAUAAGCAAUCCAAUGACGUUUUCUUCGACACUCUACAUAUUGUUCCUCAUCCCGAACAUGAUGCGACCGCCAUCAAAGCGCGGGCGCAAGAGAAGAAGGUAAACCUUCGAUACUUCGACGAUGGAGCAGUUGGAGUUGCGUUAGACGAAACUACUACAAUGGAAGAUGUCCAAGAUUUACUGUGGAUAUUCGACUGCAACAAAGUUGACCAAGUUAUACAAGGUGGUGAUGUGACAUCAAAAAGCGUGUUGAAAGGUCCAUUCCGUAGGACUUCGCCGUAUCUCACACACCCGGUAUUCAAUAUGCACCAUUCUGAAACCAGGAUAGUCCGAUAUAUGAAGAGAUUGGAAAACAAAGAUAUUUCUUUAGUUCAUUCUAUGAUACCUUUGGGCUCCUGCACGAUGAAACUGAACUCGACGACGGAAAUGAUGCCAUGUUCGUUCAGACAUUUCACGGAAAUCCACCCAUUUGCACCAUUGGACCAGUGCCAAGGCUACCAUACGCUCUUUGAGGAGCUCGCUAAAGACCUUUGCGCUAUCACAGGCUACGACCGUGUCUCUUUUCAACCUAACAGCGGGGCGCAAGGCGAGUACGCGGGCCUGCGGACGAUCAAACGCUACCACGAGUUCCGGGGCGACGCGGGCCGGAACAUCUGCAUGAUCCCAGUGAGCGCGCACGGCACCAACCCGGCCUCCGCGCACAUGGCCGGGAUGCGGGUCUGCGCCGUGCGCGUCAAGCCGUCCGGCGAUAUAGACAUGGAGCACUUGAAGGAUCUGGUUGAGGAGCACAGCGCAAAGCUGUCCUGUCUUAUGCUGACAUAUCCAAGUACGUUUGGCGUGUUUGAAGAGCGCGCCGCUGAUGUCUGUGCGCUGGUUCACGCGCAUGGGGGCCAGGUUUACCUCGACGGUGCCAAUAUGAACGCUCAGGUGGGGUUGUGUCGACCGGGUGAUUAUGGGAGUGACGUAUCCCAUUUGAAUCUGCACAAAACCUUCUGCAUCCCUCACGGCGGCGGUGGUCCAGGAAUGGGGCCAAUUGGCGUCAAAGCUCAUUUGGCACCGUUUCUACCGUCACACCCUGUGGUGGACCCAUUGGCCGAUUUGGGCGAUGCGGCCCACAGCUUCGGCUCGGUGAGCGCCGCACCAUUUGGGUCGUCUGCUAUCCUGCCGAUUUCGUGGGCGUACAUAAAGAUGAUGGGACCUAAGGGUUUGAAGCGAGCGACGCAAGUGGCCAUAUUAAAUGCCAACUACAUGUCGAAGAGACUGGAAGGACACUACAAGACUCUGUAUAAAGGCGAGAGGGGUCUUGUUGCGCAUGAAUUUAUUAUCGACGUCCGGGACCUAAAGAAGACCGCGAACAUCGAACCGAGCGACAUUGCUAAGCGUCUCAUGGAUUAUGGUUUCCACGCCCCCACAAUGUCUUGGCCGGUGGCCGGGACGCUUAUGAUCGAGCCGACCGAAUCCGAAGACCUGCAAGAGCUGGAGCGAUUCUGCGAAGCCCUGAUAUCGAUCCGUAGCGAGAUAAAAGAUAUAGAGGACGGUCUGAUAGACAAACGACUGAAUCCACUGAAAAUGGCGCCACAUACGCAAGAAGCAGUUAUAACAGAGGAAUGGAAUAGGCCAUAUACAAGAGAGCAAGCCGCCUUUCCAGCUCCCUUUGUAAAAGGAGAGACAAAAAUUUGGCCCACUGUUGGUCGAAUUGAUGACAUGUAUGGUGACAAGCAUCUUGUGUGCACCUGCCCUCCAGUUCUUGACGAUUUC